AGACUUACUAUUCCCACAGAGUUCAUUUUUUACAUGAAUUAAUUGUGUAUUUAUCAUCAUUUUACUUAGGAAAAUCUAGUUCUCAAUAAAUGUUAAUAUUAUUAUGUAGAAAUUAUGAGAGUUAAUCUAAUAAAUAUUACUACACCAAAAAGUUCGUUUUUCAGUGUGUCCUAAUAAUAUUAAAUAAAUCGUAUUUUCUGUUUGUUAUUUUCUUUACAUAUUUCUAUGGACCUAGUUAUUUUUAGUGUUAUAAAUGGCAUUAUAACACAAUAUUCAUGACUGACAACAAGUCAGUCAUUUAUUAAACUUGAUUCGGAACAGAAACGCACACAAACUGUGUUUCUGACAUGCAUUAUCAGCACUGUGGAAAGAAUUACAAUACAAUGUUCUGAACAGGGUUCAUGUAAAGAAACACUGAUCACCUGAACGGUGACUUCACAAAAUUAUUAUUUACAACAAAACAACAUCAAUAAUAUAAGAGCUUAAACCUUUAUGACAUUUUGCUAACAAAUAUUUAAGUAGUUAAAGUUCUUAUCAGUUCUUAUUCUGUGAUAAAGCUUAAAAAAUAAAAAUGUUCAGGCGCAAAGAAUUGUGGGUAUUCCUUACAACAUGUGCAAAUACAUGUAAGUAAAUUUUACUUAGAUUUUUUAGUUUGAUGAUUAAAAUGUACUUAAUUAUUUUAGGACUAUGUGCAGUGACUAUAAAACAGAUAAAUAAUACAAGAAAAUAUCUAAUAAGACUUACUAUUCCCACACAGUUCAUUUUUUACAUGAAUUAAUUGUGUAUUUAUCAUCAUUUUACUUAGGAAAAUCUAGUUCUCAAAAAUGUUAAUAUUAUUAUGUAGAAAUUAUGAGAGUCAAUCUAAUAAAUAUUACUACACCAAAAAGUUCGUUUUUUCAGUGUGUCACCCGUUAUAUGCCACAUUUAUGAGUCGCCUCAGCCACUGUAUUUUCAUGUGGGACCAGGACGAUCUGACGGCCCUGAAGAUGGCAAAGCGUGCAGAGCUAGAAGCUGACUGGAGACCAUCAUCUGAAGCUGAUGUACUGCGCCGUAUCAGCCGUAGCGAGCUAGCCCUACAUUGCAGGAGAACCACUCGUGGGACCAAGGAGACCCUGACGAUGAUUGAGAGCCUCAUUCAGGCCUUUGAAGGAGAUGCUGGUCGUGACACUCUGGGAGUCCCUUUAAUAAACUCAGCCCGGAUGACUGAGAUCAUAAAGUCCCAGCGAAAGCAUGUGGCCUGCAUCCAGGAUCCUCAAGGUGUGCAGCUCUACAUGCAGACGGGCACUUUAAUGAAGGGAGGGCAUCGUCUGCCAACUUACCGCUGUGCCAGAGGUUCUACUUCGCUGGAGUCUUUUCAUCUGCACCUCAACAGAUUCAUCCCAGGCACGCUGGCAAGUGACACCUUUUUUCAGGCGUAUCUUUUGGAUGGACUUGCAAGGUGGAAUGAGGACCGGGCUGUGGCAGCAACAACUGAUGAGCAGCAGCCACAUUCCUAUAGUCAUCUUCUCCGUCAUGCUGCCAAUAUUCUUUCAGAGGAGGUCAUGGGCAUGAAAAUCAGCCCUUAUGUUGGGCCAAGAAAGUACACUGGUGAACUUAUCGGAGUAGAGUAUCUUUACCAGCAAACUGGUAAAGUUCUGCAGGACUACAGGUUGGCCAUUGAAGAGUCUGAGACCACUGAGGUUGUUAUAGAGGUGGAGGAAGCUUAUGAUGAACUUGAGGAGUUUCAAGACAUCACUGUCCCCACCUUUGACACAGAGCGGAUACCUUCUGCUGCUUCACAAGCAUCAGUGUCUGCAGCAUCAUCUUCAACCCCUCCGGCAACCAGACCCAAGUCAUCACUGUAUGUGUCACCAGUGAGAUCUCCUGUCACCAGCUCUACGUCAUCACUGUCUGUGGUCCCUAUAAUACCAGUCACAUCUUCUGUUUCCAGCUCACUGCACACUCAGCCAGCACUAUCUCCUGGCGCACAUAGCUCCCCAGGUAACCAAGGGUCCACAGAAACUGACCUUCCAACAUCUGAAGAGAACCCUUCACAUGAUGUUUGUGUUGGACCCGAUAAUAUUGAAGGUUAUGGAGCUGUGCAGGACUUGGCAGAGUAUUUGUUCAACCUUAGAGAACACCGUCUGGCCUUAACUGGAGAAGAGUCUGAUCAAAUCAUCAACCUAUGGCAGGCAUUGGGGGAGUUUGAUAAGAAAAAAACCACUUACUCGCCACGUCACCAAACCAACCUAAAACAGGGACGAUUCAGGGCCAGUAAGAAGAAUGUGGCACCAGGUGUGCACUGUAAAAAAUGUCUGUAA